AUGGGCCAGAUUGGCUCUCGAGACAAUCGAAGUAGCCAAGACCUGUUGUGUGGUGAGGCCAGCCCCUCGGCAACAUUAGCUGCUGAGGCUGCCGACGCCAGUGCCGCCUUGGCCACGACCCCGGGCCCAGUUGCCCUGGUGACACGCAAGAAGCAGCCUCGUGUUCAGGCUAGCAUGGUGCAGCCGAUUGCCAGCGCCGGCAGACCAGCAACUCUGGUUUGUGAUAGCUCCUCACCCCGUUUUAGCCCCUCCUUUCAGAACCACUCUGUCCUUUGUCUGGGGGGGAGAAGCGACAAACAUGUAGUUGAGCCAUUCGGCCAGAGGAAGUUGUCGGAGGUAGACUUGUCGAGGCCCUAA